GAUCAUCAAGUUGGCACGACGAACCCUAAGAGUUCGGCGCAGCAACAGCCACAAAGCACGGAUCCGGUGAGUGGAUCGAUCGAAUAUACUGUAAGUUACAUACUGACACACAAAGAUAAGGGCCUGGAAGAAAUCAAUGAUCUGCAGCAGAAUGAAGAAAAACAGAAGACCAGCGGGUCGACAAAUCCGAAAGUGCUAUCAUUGUCGUCACCACAAGCUAAGAAGGACCCCACAACCAAUGUACCUGGCCACGAUGGCCAUACAGAUAUUAAGACAUCAGUUAAAGCUAAUGUUGAACUUACAGAGGCAGAAAAGCCUAAUCCUACGACCGUUGGUGCACCCAGCACUGUUCGCAGUACUGAGGUGAGCACGGAAAAGGUCGAGCCGUCAACCGUUAUUACCGAAAAGAGCGAGAGCAAGGAAAAAGGUAGCACUGUAAAUAUUCCUGCCGAGGGCAAGCACAGUGGGAGCACGGCUGUCCCUGUCGACAACAGUGACAACUCCUCUCGGAUUAUUCUUGAAGAAGUGUUUGAGGAUGAAGUCAAUGGCACGUUAAGUUCAGCACCAGGAGCCGGUGGUGCGAUUCCAGAGAAAAAGGAGAAAUACCGGCUUAAGAACACGGUGCACAACUGCAUACCUGAUGAAGUCAAUGGCACGUUAAGUUCAGCACCAGGAGCCGGUGGUGCGAUUCCAGAGAAAAAGGAGAAAUACCGGCUUAAGAACACGGUGCACAACUGCAUACCUCUUGGCGCCGCCGACAUGCUUGGCUUCGGGGACCUAGACUUGUCUCACGCAGUCGCUCUUCGUAUCCCGAUCGCUUGUAUGAUUAUAAGUAUGCUCGGCGUGUCCGCCAGUGUGUUCCAUGCGUUCACGAACCUCUCACGACCAAGAAGGUGUCGGAGUUUCGUCGAAAAUGUGGCACAGGUUAUAUUGUGGACUUUAUGCGCCAUCACACUAUUCCUUAUUCGGCAAGACUGGGACACAAAAUGGGAAUUCGGAACGGCCAGAUCGUUUUCGCCACUUUAUCCUAAUGCUUGGCAUUGUGCCGAGCUACUUUGCUAUAUAGUGGUGGUUGCAUACCUCGUCGAAUGUUAUUUCUACGAUUAUACCUACUACAAGAUCUAUUUCGAAGAGACGCUGGGAAACUAUACGGUUGUCGACCGUCCGGAGUACGGUAACUCGAUCUACACGAGCACAGUGGAAAUGACUGAGGACACAGCGCUUUAA